CAUGAGGUGGCCACGGAUGGGGACGUCUUGUUUAUCAUCACGACGGAUGAACCACAUACGCGAAUCCGCGUGUCUUCCGAGGUAUUGCGACGAAAGUCGCCAUUGAUGAUAUCAACCCCGCGGCCAUGUUAGUGGUCAUGCGGGUGGUGCAUGGGGUGGGGUGUGAGGUUCCGAUGCGGCUGGAGUUGGAGCUGUUGAAGGAUAUUGCGGUGGUGGUGGAUAAGAAUUGUUUGUUUGAUGCGGUGAGAGGGUUUGUGUGUCAGUGGUUGCAAGGGGCGUGGGUCGGAGAGAAUCCUACGCCGCCGAGUCAGGAGAUUCUGGACUGGGUGCCGUAUAUCACCUGGGUGUUGAAGAGGAAGCCGGAUUUUCAACAUGCGACGCGGUCGAUUAUCAUGGAGCAGAGUGUGACGGUUGCGCCCAAGUAUGCGUAUACGCCGGACAAGGUGCAUACGGCGAUGGGGCGGGUGAGGGAUGAGGUGCUGUCGACGAUGAGGGCGUUGAUUCGGGACCAUUUGAAGGAGUUGGAGAGUACCCGGCAUCUGCCGGUGCAGGAGGGGUGUUGUCCCUGUCCGCAUAGCUUUAUGCGGGAUUGGAAGAUUCUCCUCCAGAGGGCUCGGUAUCCGCACAAGUACAAAUUGUCGCCGGUGGCUGUCCUCACGCUGGUUUAUGAGGUGGUAGGCAAGUUUGAUUUGGCGGUGGGCCGUGGGGAACCGGUGUGUCGAAUCUCGGUGCACAAGGUGCUCAAGAAAUGUCAGCAGGAGAUGAGAGAGUGCCAGGGAAUUGACUUCGAUGGCAACGUCGUUCGCUAUCCAUUUCCCCUGCCAUGGAUUGAUUUCAAGGCGAUCAACUGGCCCUACAACGCCUGGGUAGGAAAAAACCAUCAGUCCCCCAAAGAAGAUAUGUGGGAGUCCCAACGACGUCUGCUGGCUGCGACGGCAGCCUUGACGGGAUACGGGAGGGAUAGGAGGUAAGCAAGGUAACAGGAAGGUUAUCCGGGACGUAACCGUCAAGGUACCCCGCACCAGUUGUCAAGAGACCAUCAACGGAACCUCUGCCACAUCACCAGUGAAGACCAUGCCUCUUGCUAGAGCUAUCAUCGAUGAUACUGUCCUGGCUGAAUCUCCC